AAGCAAUACGUCAUGUGUACGUGCUGCUCAGGGCGUGUGCGUGAGGUGCAACUAGAGGACGACCAACUCCAUCGGCUUCAUCGGGGAACAUUCAGCUCCGACAUCUCGACUGGAGUGCGCCGGGAAAGAAGGGAGAAAGAAGACUUUCCUCGACGUCGUUAGCGUGUUAUUUCGAGUAUUAAUCUAAUCCUAUUUUAUCAGUCAUGAAUUUACUGUGGGCUGUCGGUGCCCUUCUGUUGAGCUGUUGGCAAGCCAGCGCGUCCACAGGUAAGAAUUCUGUCAGCCAUGUUGGUUGGAGAUGUAGACUUUAGCCAGACUACGGCCAUAAAAUAAUGAAAAUUUACAAUUCUGUUGUGUUUACGUAAGGACAGAUUAGUGUUUUGAUAUCGUGUUAUCUAUUCCCGCUAUCGUGGUUGGACAUAUUUAUUGGGUGUCGGUGGAAAUAGCUAACUCACAGACGCUAACUGAAGCGUAACGUUGAUGUUUUUGCUAACGACUCGUCUAGCUAAUUUGCAUUUACAGAACCCCUUCAAUCGAUUAAUCGUCCAUUUCGUGACUACAUUGCACUGACACUAAAUGUAUUCACAGAAUCGCAUAUUGACCCCGAAACGUCAACAAAUGUUUCAGGUCACGUGGGAGCUACGUUAAUGUGAGACGUAUGGUGGUUUAUUAACUUCGCUGUUGUUUUAUCAAUAAACUCUUCAUGUUUCCUUUUUUAGAGGGCGGUUGUCAACUUGAGUACCAAGUUAUAAUUAUACAUACACAUGACGACAAGGACUAGAGACGCGUUUUCCUCAAGUACCCGGAGGGGAAAUUAAUUCUCCGUCCUUCUUUCCGUAAUCUUUCGUCAUAGUCUCUUCUAGUCACCGAGGAAUCGACAAAGUACUUAACCACAGUCCCAGGCCUGUCCUGAUUAAACCCACAAGUAUUGAUCCAAUGGGCCAGACACGUUUGGCCCAGUCCACGUGACGCUUAACUGUGGUCACGUUACAUUAUUUUGAGCUGUCUGCCUUUAAAAGGUAUUUGUCAUUUUUUUGCCACAAAAUCACAGUAAUGGAUGACUCUUGUCAGCUUUCUUGAAAUGGCCUGUCAGCCCUUCCUUUGUUUCCUAAUGCUUUGUCUAUCCGGGUCGUUAUUGACUGACGUUACUCAAUAUAGAGUUAGUUGGAUUAGAUCGGAGCGGUGGGGGAUUCUGUGGUGACUGGUUGGGUGUUUCAGAACAGCAGUGGUGUUUCAUUUCUCAUCAAGGUUUCAAAGUUGGCUCAAAAACUGAUCAUCCCACAUCACCUGACUCAUAAGUGAAUUAACUCAACAUCUACUCAGUAGCAGCUUAUUAUUUUGUCUCUUUACACACUGAGCUACCUCAAAUUGACAUCUUAUCUGGAAUUGUAUGCCCCUAUGAACUUGUAAAUCUAAAAAUACAAUGACAAUUAUCCAGCUCAUUCAUGCAUACACUCACAGUGACAACAUUAUGAAUACCUGGGAAGUCUAUUGUAAUCCAACACAAUGGCUCCACCACAAAUUCUACUUUCAAGGAGCUUCUUAAGUUGUACUUAUAUUAGGACUGGGGGAUUAUAUGAUCGUAAUAAAUUUCAGUUCGAUCAUGGUGACGAGCUGUGAGCAUAUAUACUCGAUCAAACAUAGCGGAAAAAUGCGUCACAACAGCCAAUCAGAGUCAAGCUUCUCCUGCUCAUUUUUCUAAGUUACAGGAGAAGUCAACAGAAUGACCGAACAUAGAGCUAAACGCAGAGCUGAGGGCAGCAAAAUAGAUGUCAGCCAUGACUUUGAGUCAUCCUCCGAAGAUGUUAUUGGUAGGAAGUUAUUCAACGUCGGUUGUGUGGCAGUGGUUCGGGUAUCUCCAAAGUGACGUUGAGUAAUUAAGCCGAUGUGCAAGGUAUGUCACAUUUGAUCUGUUUAAUCAUCUGAAGAAGAACUUCCCGAAUGGUUAUGCGGAAAGCAUGAAAAUGCGAGCGGAGUCCGUACAGCCUGUCUCUGUUGACGGCACAACUAGCAUUAGUAGUUUGGCCGCAACUAGCGGUGCAGUCACCAGACCAAGGCAGCGAUCAAUCAUCUCAUCUACGUUUAAAUCAUCGAAUGUUUAUAUUUUAAGACGUCUUCAUUAUCUCUGAGGGGGAUAAUACCUGCAAAAACACGCAGUACUGUAAACUAGUUCACUGUAUCAUUUAGUAUUUACCUACAUUUGUUGUACUGUUAAGUUAAAAUGGUUUUAUAUUUUUCCAAGUGUAUCUUAUUCUUUAUUUACUUUGUAUGUUAAUAAAAUUUGAACUAAACUCUAGUUUCUUUAGUUUUUAGUACAGAUGCUUUAAAACUGGCAGUUUAAAAAAAAUUGUGAUAAUAAUCGAGAUCGGAUGAUACGACAAAAUAUAUCGUGAUAAUUUUUUCUUGCCAAAUCGCCCUUGCCUACAUAUAGUAACAACAUUAUGAAUACCUGGGAAGUUGAUUGUAAUCCAACACAUUGUCUCCACCACAAAUUCUACUUUCAAGGAGCUUCUGAAACCUUUAUUGACAUGAUUAGACAGGUGAUUGUGUACUUUUUAUUUAUCACGAAAGAAACAGUGGAUAGUAGCAUAGUGGAGUGUAUAUGUAUAUGUUGGAAGCUAAACAGGACUGUACAUGCACAUCCAUCUUACAUACUUUGCACAAGAGAAAUAAAUAUAGAAGUGAAGAGAUUUACAGCCACAUCCUGGAAGGACUUUAUGUGUGCAUUGUUUUGAACUAUGCAUCUAACCUGUAGCUUCCUGAGUUUCGCCCAGCACAAUCAAAAGGAAUUCAUUGUACUCUAGGGAAGCAACAAGAAAAACAUGCACAAUAAAGUUACUGUGAAGGCAGUUCAGUGUGUGCUGGUUAAUAUAUUUUGUCUGCUUCAUUAACAAGAAUGAGAGAAGAAAAAUAUUAGGAAUACCUCGUAAUAUACUGCACUUGGAGACACUACCAGCACUCAUUUCAAAGAUUUAAAUAACAGAUGUCUGAUGAUUUCAGUGGAAAUAGAAAUGAUAGAAGCUUUGUAAAAGUGGGAAAUGUGGAGAAGAUGCUGUAUUGGAUUGUGUUAGAUUGCUCAGAUCUUCAUAAUGUUGUGGCAGGUGAGUUGAAGCCCCUUAUUUAGUUGUAACUGUAGUCAGUGUUUUCGAACGGAGUAAUAAAAAGGUUGUUUUAAUGAUCUUGAUUUACUUACAAUUUGGGAAGCUAGCAGAGAUGUGCUAAAUUAUCCAAGGACAAGUAAAUGCACCCCAUGUAUAGCACCAUAUGAAACCUUUUAAGAGUAUGGCAAUUACACCUGCACCCAAACAUAUUUCAGUGCAUGAAAUAUGUUUUGAAAACAACAGUUUAUAAUUGAUAUGCAAAUGAGCUUUAAAUUCAUCUUAUUAAAGAUGUGCAAUGAGCCUUAAUGCUACUCGAUACUUGCUGCUUUGGUAAUGUCAGCUCUGGAGUAGAUCAGAAUUAAAAUUAGAUUUCCCAAGGGUUUUUGCUUCUUCCGUAGCUUAACUUCAGCAUGGAAAGUAAAGUGGGUUAUGAGGCACAGAGGUAGGUAAGACAGCUCUAUGUGAAAGAGGCACAGGAAGAAAAAAAAACAGUUUUUCCUGUUGAGUACUUCAUGUUGAGUCCCAGUAAUUUGGUUAAUGGUGGUAAGGAUAGACUCAUUUAGUGAUUGAAUACCAUUCGGCAGCCCAGGGGUUUAACCUGCUCUUGUCUGAAUUAUGAAGAUAAGAACUGUAACUCUGAGCAAGUGCCACCAACAGUGGCACAUCUUUUGCGUCUAAUCUUUGGUCAUGGGGAUUAACAUCUACAUUAUACAGCCAACAAAUCUGUGUUGGUAUGCCACAGCUGAAUGACCACAUUAUAGUGAGCAUGGAUUAGUGCGCUCCACAUUUACAGGCUGUAAGACUUGAAGGAUCUGGUCACAUCCUGUAGACCCCUAUAGAGCCAAGCAUUAAAGGUAUUUACUAUCCUAUGAGGUGGGUUUUAUUCUCCAGACACAGACUUUGACCCACGGGGAAAUGCUGAAAUGAAAACACCUUAUAUUCUAAUGCUCUUUAAAGGUCGCCUUUAUGCUGAAACCCUGACAUCCACUUUCCAUUGGACAGAAUAAUCAAAUGCACAAGUCUUGGCUGUUUAAAAUAAUUCACUUUGUGUAGUUUUGAAAGUCGCCUUAGGGUUAAACUUUAUUCCUACACCCUUUCAUACUGCUGAGUAAAUUCUCAAGUUGUUAAUUUUCAAUCCACCUGUUGAAUAGAAACCAGGUCUCUAUGAAGAUAAAGCAUGUUUCCCUACAGUUUCAUAUUUGCACAACUUUUUAUUCCCCAACACAUUUCAUUCUAGCUCUAUCACACCUGAUGACAUUUUCCCUGUACGGUUAAAGUGAUAGAGUUUCAGACCUCUUUGGGCAUUGUUCAGAACCUUUCGCUUUUUUGUGACCCCCUAUGAAUAUCAUUUGGAAAAGACUGAAAAGAUUAGUCCAGCUGACACUCAUAGAGCAGAUGACUAUAGGCAGUAAAUAUCACUGUCAAGCUUCAUGCGCUUAAAUUCAGUGGUUGUUGGGACUGCUGCUCGUACUAUAUUUAAUUCUGAACUUUCAUAAAGCAUGUUCAGGGAAGGUGACCUUUUGUAACGGUAGGGAAGCUGUGUUACAUGAUAUAGGUUUCAUGUAGAGAGACUGGGGUUCGUGUUGACAAGUUCAAAAGUCUGUGUGUGUUCUCUUUUCGUUUGAUCUGCUUCAUGUCUUUGGUGUUAGUAAAACCUCAGUAAGUGUUUCUUCCUGAAGGGAACAUAGAUUUUUUUAAUAAAGUGUACACGAUAAAAACACAGAUUCAGUGAUUCGGCUAAAUGUUGACAAUAGAGGAUGAAUUUAGCGUAGCUGGGUUCCCUGAGCCCAGCCCUGGUUUUGUUCUACUUUGUGUAAGUGAGAGGUGGGAAACAGGCUCGUCUUGUUUUUUCCAGUAGUGUGAGAAUGUUAUUCUUCCCUGGACCCACCUAAGUUUGUAACCCCCUGGACCUCCACUGAGUGGCUAAACAUACCUAUCCUGUCCACUUUGAGUGUGCAGAACUGUGCUUCUUGGAAGAAACAGUUCGUGUAAAUCUGUGAAAACAUGAUUUCUUUUCUGUCUUUAUUUUAAAACAUAUGAGACAGACUGGUUUUUCAGAGGAGAGGGCGUUGUUGUGGUUUCGAUACAGCCAGUAAUACAAAGCCAAGCUUGGUUGGAUAGUCUAUUCUGAUUGCCUGUGAAAAGCGUUGUAGGAUUAUUCCAUAUUAAUCACAUUUUAGUAUUGAGUUUCAGUAGGCAUUUACAACAGUUAUUUCCACUUCAAUGCAAUGAUCGUGCUCAUGCUUUCAUUUCCCCCUUAUUUGAGAUCCACCAUGUUGACUCGCCUACAUUGAGGUCAUCGCCUGCAUGAAUCAUUGGCAGAAUAUUCUGAGAAGAAGAGCUCCGUGUUAGCUUAAUUUCACACCCUAACGACUGUUGGGUGAUGGUAGGAACAGCAGAGAAAAAGCACCAGCCUAAUGGCUUGAUCCAUGUCCAGAUAUCUGAUUUGAAUUUCCUUUUUUUUUUUUUUCAUUUCAAGCUCAUCUGCUUUUUUCUUCAUUUUCUUGUUCGGUCAUUGUGUGCUGUUUUUGAUUUCAAAGGAAUCCUCUUGAAUGCUUUAAAUGUGUUGUUUCUGUUCUUUCCACUUUUUUUUUUAUGUGUUUCUUUUGUGUUUAAUACAUAUAUGUGCAUUGUUUUUUUUUUAUUUUUGCUCAACUGUCAUUGGUGAUGUCUUAUUAAGGCUUUUUGCCAUCAGCCCAACAGUUGCUCUUGCAUAACUGCUUCUCUGCAUUUCAAUAUUAAGGCGAUUAAUGCGGUAAACUGAACUGACAUAGAAAUCCAAUUGUAACAGAUCAGCCUAUUAAAGAGGAUCAAAGCAAAGCAAACCAAACCAAAAGUCUACUCUGUUAGAGACACCAGUUAGUCCAACACAGCUGUAUGGUUCGACUGCAGCACAAAUUAUUGCACGAAAAUAAUCCCAAUGUGUUGAUAGUAUAGACCUUAAAGUACUGAUCUCAGAAAUGUAAUCUGGCCUCUGUGAUUGGCUGAUUUUAGCCUCAUGAUCAUAGAAAAUUGAAUACUGAGGUCGUGUUCACACCUUAAGGUCCGUUUCCUGAUUUGAUUGUUUAACUGGUCCAGUUUGCGUUCACAAAGGACAAACUCAAAUUGCUCUAGAAGAUGGAACCGGAGGUCACAUGACUGCGAAUAUCAUUCUGUUAUUGGUCAUUAGUUUAUGCGGGAAUACAAACCCUGCUCUGCUGUCUUCGCCUGUCAUGGAGCAUCGUAGGCUGAUUUUGCUCUUGCUACUCAUCUGGAGCACGUAUCAAAAGACGCUAGACGAUCGCGCGUAUGAACGGCUCGUUAGCCAGCCAGCGCGAACUGCGGCGUUAAUUAAUACAUUCUGGAGUCGACGUGCAGCAGCAACAGACGGAUAAAGACAACACGGCGACAGGCAUUAAUGAUGUGUGUGGUGCGUUGGUGGUGUGGAUGAUGUUCACACCAGAGUUUGAGGUCAGUGUUCGCACCGACCCAAACAAACCGCACCAAGGGCAUAAACGCUUCAGGGUUCGGUUCAACUGGACUAAACGAGGGUGGUGUGAACGCGCCCUGAGUUUAUCUUCAGUGUGGCUGCUUGGUGUAUGUUUGUCAUCUCUAAUGACAGUUUAUGUUGCAUGUCUUGAUAUUUUUCUUGAUGGGUCAGAGCGUCAGGAAUAAUCAAAACAUACCCUGAUACUCCUGGGGUAAAAAGCUGCUCUGAUCCACGCUUUGUCAGUGCUUUCUUUCUUAUUUCCUUAUUUCAUUUAUUCUCUUAUUAAUCUUGUUUCUUUUUCUUUCUUCUUUCUUUUUGCUUGCCUUUCCAUCUCAACUGUCUUUUAUCAUCAACCCAUCAAAUCACCUGUCUUGCUUUGAACCCACCACAUGCAAAAAACACUUUAAUCUGUUCGCUGGGCUGCCUGUAAUCGGUGCUCAGCGGGGUUCAUUAAGUCGCCCCUCUCCAAGAUGAAGCUGAUCGAUGACAGCGCAGAGCUGCAUUGCGAGGUCAUAGGAAACCCCAUCCCAGAAGUGCAGUGGUGGUUUGUAGUGGGUGAAGAGCCCAACGAGACGUUCACCCAGCUCUUCGAUGGGGCGCGGGAUGAUCGUGUGCAAAUCAAUGCCACGUACAUAGCGCACGGCACCAGCACCAUUCACCUCACUAGCCUCACCCUCGAGGACUCAGGCACGUAUGAGUGCCGCGCCUCCAACGACCCUGACCGCAAUGACCUGAAGAAGACGCCAAAAAUCAAGUGGAUCCGUUCGCAGGCAAACAUUAUUGUGAUUGAAAGUGAGUGGCACAGGAAGCAUGAGGAGAAGUAGCUUGGCUGGUACCUCCUCAUUAGUGAAGGCCUGGACAUUCAGCUCCCAUUACACUCAACUCCCAUGCUUCCUGGUCAAAUACCCUCCCGUCCUGCUUCCCCCAAGUAAAUCCACUCUUCCUCUCCUCAACAGCUCCACAGUCGUCCUGUAGUAGAGUACAGACCUGGUCAUGUAGUGUGACUGGGCCACUCCCUAUUCCCAUAUUUCCUGUCACAGAAAGUGUUUUCAAUCUGAUGCCUUUUUUUCCCCCUGUUUUCAAGGCUAAGAUAACAUCAUGAUUGGUGUUCUUGUAUAUAAUACUGGUCAUAAGGUCAGACUUUUGCCAAUGGCUUUUUCAUUCGAAAGAAAAUGUGAACAUUUACUUACUCUUUAAAGAAAGAAAAACAAAAAAGGGGUGUCAGAUUCAUUGAUUAGUGUUGCUUCCUUGGUAGCGUUUUCCUUAAUUGAUACUAACACUGGCAAUGCCCCUCAUAGAUUAUGUCUAUGGCUUAUAGCCUACUAAACUUCUGGCAGAGAAGAUAGCAACUUCAUAUCAAACCAUACAUGCUUAGCCAUAGGGUAUCUUUCUGCCUUGUGGUCCAGUAUUAUUUUCCUCUCUACAGAGAAUUGGUCAGCUUCUUCAACUGGUUGAAGCAAAAAUGUGUCAUGACAUUGUUUCAUGUGUUUGGCAGUUAAACUGACAACCGUUUUAUACCCCACUUGUUGCUUCUUCUGCAUGUUUUUCUUUAAAGAUCUGUCCCAGUGACCUUGUCGUAGACCAGUGGUUCUCAAGUCCAGUCCUCGAAGCCCACUGUCUUGCAUGUUUUGGACGUUUCCCUGCUCCAACACACCUGAUUCAAAUGAUCAGCUCGUUAUUAAGCCAUUCCAGAGUUUGAUAACGAGCUGAUCAUUUGAAUCAGGUGUGUUGGAGCAGGGAAACAUCCAAAACAUGCAGGACAGUGGGCCUCAAGGAAUGGACUAGAGAACCACUGUCGUAGACUACAGAAUCUACUAAAUUUCCUGUACAAAUCCUUUCCUCUCCUACAUCUUACCUUUUAGUGAGACAGAAUUCUCCUGCUGGGGAGCUCUUUUCACCUUUCUUUGAGACCCUGUAUACAAGUGUAAAACCUGUGCACAUAUCACAUCGUUCUCUUGGUUAAAUCGAUGAAAACAGUUGUUUUCCAUGUCAAUCAGAAGGAAAAUUUGAAUGAAUUUGGCUCAGCACUCAAUUAUUAUCCCAAGAAAGAAAAAAUUUAUUAACUCUCAGUCUGUUUCAGUGUUAUCCAGAUGGUUGAAGGAAUAACAUUUCAUAAGAGACAUCAUAGUUUAACACUUCCACCCGGCCUGUCUUGAAUGUAUUUGCUUUAUGUGUUCAUUAAUGAGGAUGAGCGUAGUGUGUGCAUGGUAAGCCUCGGGACAUUUUGUUCCAUCAAAUUAUCCAUGCGAGGACAACAGCCGAGUGCUAAGAGAAGUGUCAAUUCAGCCAAAGCUUAAAAAUUAUUCAACACAACAUCCAGUAAUGGCAGUAACAUUUAUAAGAAUUAACUUCAGGUCAGGCAGGAUCCAGUUUCUGCAACCUGAUUAGCAUCACUCACAGACAAUUUUGUUUUAACUCAUUUGAUUUAUAUUUAUUAUUCAAAAAACAUUUGUUUUUUGUGUCUAGCCUUAGUACAGCAUUGAUUUCUAAACCCUGCAAAUAUGUAGGAAGAAGCCAGUUGGCUGAAAUCCAAGCCUUAGACAUGGAUGACAAAUCUUUAAUUUUUCCUUCUCUUUUCAUCUUAAGGCCCAAAAAUCAUCACUGACCCUCCUGAGGUCAGCAACCAGACCUCUGCAGUCCUCAGCUGCAACCUGACAGAAUCCAACCUUCCCAUCAAGGGCUCCCACUGGGUGUACAAUGGCAAAAUCAUUGAGGAUUCAAAGUCCACUGAUGCUUCUCCAUCAACCGUCCUCCGGUAAGUAGCUAGAACAAUCCACAUGGACAGAUAUGCAUACAAUUACUACAGCUCAUUAGAGGCACUCAUCCUUUCAGGCUAAUGGCUUUUUCCGAGAGGAUUGUCAAGAUUUUGACAAACGUUGGAAUAUGAACCAAAGAAGAAAAAAAAUAGUCUAUUUCUUACCCUAAAAGAGAGCCCUACAAGUUAAUUUCUGUUUACCAGUGUUGUUUUCGAUGGCGGUGAUGUUGACCAAAUAUUUUUUUACUAGUUUUGUUUGCAUUGACGAUAACAAAAAUAUUUCGUCCACGUCAUCGUCAACGAAAACAACCAGUGUUGUUUUCGUUGACGCCCCUUUUUUUCCACGACGAAGACGUGACGUUGACGAGCUAAACAUAAGCCUUAGAUUACUAAAAUGUGACGAGACGAAUGUGCGUUUACGUUGACGAGACUAGACGAAAACGUUAGUGGUGGACGACAAACAGAGUUGCAAAAUUCAUGAGCAUUUCGUCAGUCAAAGGCUAAACAUAUAUUCUGCAGUGUUGUUUUCGUUGAUGAUUGACGUUGACGAAAUAUUUUUGUCAACGUCAUCGUCAACGAAAACAACACUGCUGUUUACUGUUUAUGUCCAGAGCUGAACGAUGUAUCAUUUUACUAUCAUAACUGUGGUGUGCGCAUACAGUAGUCACCUUGCAGGAGAUGCAAUGCUAGUCAUAUGACCAAAAACGCACCAUUUUAUCACAAUUUCCUCAUUUUCCAUGAUCGAGAAUACAGAUCUGUCUGUUAUCAUUUUAAUAUAGCCCACAGUUGAACACAGAGUAACACGACUCCUGCACAGAUGCAGAGUCUCUUUGUUCAUGCAGAGUCUGUGUCUGUGUGUCACGUGUCUGUUAAAUGUGAAAAUGGACACGGAGCUGCUGGUGUCACAGACACCUUCGCAGAUUUUUGGACAGCUUUUUUAUUUGUGGGCACACACAGACCUCGGAGUGUUUUGUUUUUGGUUAGGACACCUGUAGAGCACAUUCUGGAGAAAAUGGUGCGUUUGUUUUAAAUUGUAAGUUACCAUAACAAGCUCGGGAUGCAGAUUUAACAUUUAGCAAUUUCUGUCUUUAUCAGUUAAAUAUAUAUGUAUGCUGUAAAUCUUUGUAUAUAUUUAUGUUACAUACAUACUUUAUCCUAGAACAGGAAAAUAUUGCAGUAUUAGUCUAAUCCAAAAUCAUGCAACCCUCAUGCUAUCCCAUUCCGGUCGUGUUACUGCAGUCAAUAGCCACCUUUAUUUUCUAAUGUCCUCUCUCUUUUCUUCGCCUCUUGCUCGCCUGUUGUCCCUCCCCCUCUCACCAUGCCCCCCUUCCUUGCUGGCUGCCUCUCGUAGCAGCAGAGCUAGGGGCGCCAUUCCGCCUUUCACCGCUCUUGAUUAGCAGAGAGAUGGACCGUGCAGUCGUGCAGCUUUACUGGUAGUCUUGGCAGCAGGGAUAAGCGCCCGUAGCAGUGUGCUCACUUGCCAUGACCUUAAUUCCCCAUUAGAGAGAACAAGCAGGACUGUGCAGGAAAGCAGCAACAAACAAAAGUGCAAUUGUGACUGGACAGUUUGAGAUAUUUGUUGCAUGAAAAACAGCUUUAUUUUCAAGCUUGAGUAUAAACAGGUUGCACAUUUUCUACCUAGCAAAUUGGACAUUGAAACCUUGUUAGUAAUGGUGCUUUUGCAGAACUGGUUAGAAUCCAUCACCUCCAGUAUGCUGUGAUGUUUGCUGAGAAAAAUACACAUUUCUGUGAAUAAACUCUUCUCUUUCCACAGUUUGGAGAAGAUAACCCACAGCUCUGGUGGAAAGUAUGAGUGUGUUUUCGAGACCGAGCCAGAGGUGAAGGGGACAAUUGAAGUCAAAAGUAAGUUGAGUCACAUACAAGCAUCAUCUCUUGUCUUAUGUAGCGGCAUCAAAUAAGGGUAGCAGUGUAAUAAUCAAUUCAAGUUGAGUUUUGAUUUUAAAGGACGGCCAAACUAAGCGUCUUACUUUCUUAAUUCACCGAACUUUUAUUUCCUUAAAUUUAAGUGUGUUUCUGUUUCGCUGCAGCUCUUCCUCAUGUUGGCGCCUACAAGCACUCUGAGCAUGGCAAUGAGAAAGACAAAGGGGUUAUGGUCUGUGUUAGCCAUGGAUACCCGCUGCCCACUGACUGGACCUGGUUCAAGGAGGAAGAUGGCACCCAAAAGGUAUCUAUUUUUCAGCCUUGUAAGUCUUACUGUUAUACAAAACUCAUUAUGGUUUGAAUCUACAUCUCUGUCUUUUACCCCCUCAGCCAUUCAUCAAUGGCACUACAACCAAAUUUGAGAUCAAGAGCACCCCUAAUAAGACCACUCUGACCAUCAAUGAGCUGAGCAUGGAGGAGGACAUUGGAGACUACACUUGCUCUGGAACCAAUGAGCUCGGCACAAGCAGCGACAAGAUCCACCUGCGUGUCCGCAGCCGCCUGGCUGCUCUCUGGCCCUUCCUCGGUAUCGUGGCUGAGGUCAUCAUCUUGGUGACCAUCAUCUUCAUCUACGAGAAGAGGAGAAAGCCCGAUGAGAUCAAUGACGGUAUGUAUGCCAUAUUGCAUACCACAUGAACUAUUGUUUUACUAUUUCAAAAUUAGAGGAAUGUGUUAUAGUUUCAACAGUGGUGAAAAUCUUGUAUAUUAAAGUAUUGUAAGUGCACUGAAAGUUGAGUCUUCUGGAAAUACCUGAAGUAGACUGCAGCUACAGUUAUGGUCUGUUUUUUUAGUCCUAUACAGCCAGGUACCUCUUAGUUCAUUUGUCACUUUUACAGUUUUUAUACCAGGUUUGGUUGGGGAAACAACUUAGCCACCAACGUUACUUCAAGAAUAUUGGUAUUUUUACAUUUUAAAGGCACUUCACAGAAUUCUCUGCUUCAUCAUAGUUUGCAGUAAAAAGAUCUUGAACAAGUCUUCUUAUAAUCGUUCAACAUCUAUAAAAGAAAUUGUUUAGAGUUAAGGAGAUUUGGUGCUCCCUAGUUGCAAAUUAGAGACUUUGAAGCAGGCCUCACCAAAUGGUGGACCACAGUCUGGGUCCUUACUAAAAUACUAUCUCAUCUGGGCUUGAUGUUAAAUCUUGAUGAGCUUAUCUGAACUUUUGCAGUUUUCCAAGUCACACAUAACACUGAUCAGACAGUCAGCUCUUUUACCUGCAUCAUCACAGUGAAGGAGCUAGCUAUGAGGACUGACUCAGCAGAAGGAAUUCAGAGACGCAUAAAAUAUAUUACUUGCUCUAAAACGAGAAGUUCACAGUAAAAACGGAGCUGUAAAUCGAGAAUAGUCUGGCUCGUGUUAUUCCCAGGGGCAGCACAAACCAGUUUGGAUCUUUAUAUCAUGGUAUUGUGGUGAAUGUUAAAAAGCAGCAGUGUUGAGAGUCACUACAAGUCAAAGCAUAAACCUUUCAGAACACAGAAUAAGUGAGCUGGAGCAACAUAAACCUUAACUAUGUCUCAGAUGCUCCCUGAUAUAGUCCCGGGGGGUCCAGGGUUAAGAUUUUCACAGAACAAGCAAGUCACAGGAGAAAAUUUUCGAUUAGAAAAUGCAAUUUAGUCUCUUUUAAAAUGCGUUUUAUAGGUUAUGAAAUGUACAUACAUUCCUUACUAAUUACAAUGAGGGGACAAAAACAUACACUGUAUCAUCAAUGAAUUGCUAUUUGCACCCUUGUGUCCUUGAUAGGUGUUGUACUUCUACUGAACAGAAAUUCAAGCUGAUGAAAAAGUCAGUUGCUGCUUUAUGCUUUAAAACAGUGGUUCUCAAGUCCAGUCUUCGAGGUCCACUGUCCUGCAUGUUUUGGAUGUUUCCCUGCUCCAACACACCUGAUUCAAAUGAUCAGCUCGUUAUCAAGCUCUGUAAUGGCUUGAUAACGAGCUGAUCAUUUGAAUCAGGUGUGCAGGACAGUGGGCCUCGAGGACUGGACGUGAGAACCACUGAUUUAAAAUACGUGGAUUAAAAAGCAGAUUAGACACUAUGGCGUUCUGGACCUCUCACUGGACCUCUUGGGUUUGUAAUUGAAGAUUCCUGCUAUAAAAGCAUAUGACGACAAAGCAGUGCCCUUGUAGCUGAUUAUAUAGACCCCAGUUGCAUGCAUUCAUUUGAAACCCCUAUUGUCUUUUGUUUCUGUAUGAUUUUACUUUCUAAAGAGAGGUGUAAGCUUCCACUUCUGUGUAAACAUUCUGUGAUAGAACUCUAUUAUUAUUUUUAUUAUUUACAUUUUUACUUCUUUGUUCGCUGCUGAUUUUGCAUUUUGGUAAGUGGACAAAAACUGCAUGUCAGACUGAAGUGGUUGAGCUGAGAUGACCGCGUGAAGAGAAAAAGAAAAAAAAAAAAAGCUAUGGGAGUCUGAAUGUAACUGCUUUCAUAGUCACCACUUCUAAGAGGAAUGUGCUCAAAGAUCUGGUCACUCUUUCACUGGCCCUGCAACCAGAGCAAGAUUAAGAUAAUUCCUUACAUACAAAGUUGUGUAUGUGUCUGUUUGUAAACUCGUGUGUUGAGCCAAUGAAAGAGUCAAAUGAGACAAGUGUUAUGGUUUGACAUGGGAUUGAACAGGUUGAAAAGCGAGGUUCAGCAUUCUGUCUGCAUGCUCUUUGCAUCUUGUACUUUUUAUGCAUGGUAAACGAAAAGGACGGACCAGUACAUCAUUUACAUCUGUCUCAUUCACCGUUUGGCCACAAAGGUAGCCUACUCCUGCGUUACCUUGUCAACAUGUGCUCUUGCCCUGCUGUGAACACUGCCUCUAUACAUGCCAGGUUGUGUGUUCGCUAUGCAGUUUGAAGACCUUGACUGUUUCUUAUCUUAAUACAGCCACUGCAGCGUUCCUUUGAUGUUCUUUGCUUGUACUGCAUGAGCCUCUGUGAUGCUUAAGGGUCAUUCUGACCAUUGUUUACCAAAAGGUCACUGGAGUGCAUAUCCUUAAUACACCAACAGGCUUUUGAAAGAGAUGUACAGUUUUCAGUGACAUUUAUUGAUGUGUUUUUUCCUUAAAGAGAAGAAAAAACAAUGUUUUGAAUUUCACUGUACGUGAUUUUCAAGGAAGUAAGUCAUAACUGUCAUAACCCCGAUCCAGCAGAUGAGCAUGCUUCAGUUCAUGUUCAGUUGAUUUGAUCAUAACCUCAUUGAUAUCAUGUUGCUGAAGAUGUCAUGUUCUAACUUUUGCUACCAUUAUCUGGGGCAUGUUUUGCUCACAUCAAUCACACACAUGUAACCUGCUAUCAGCUGACCCUCUUUUUUUUCUUUUGUUUGCUCCCCUUCACUUGCUGAUGUCCAGAUGACGACUCAGGAUCUGCUCCUCUGUAAGUACAGUCAUCGGUGUACCUUGAACAUCUGUUAAUGUUUAUCACUUAUUUUCAUUACAUAACCGGCACGCUCUAAUGUGUCUUUCAGGAAGAGCAAUUCCAAUGCAAAUCACAAAGACAAGAAUGUGAGGCAAAGGAAUUCUAACUAGACACUGAAACAGGUGCGUAAAUCUUCCUUAGAGGGAUUUUUAUUCCCUUAUGAAAUGUCCAAAAGGUUUCCUGUUUGCUUCCUGUCUUGGAGACAUGUGCCUUUAACUCAUUCAGUGCCAAUGACAGAUUUUUUUUUUUUUUGCCCUGUGUGCCAUUGACGGAUAUUGAUAGAUUUUUCAGGGGUUUUUUUGUUUUCCACCAGAGGGCGCUCCUCCCCAACACGUGACUAAGUUUGGGGUCGUUCUGAACACAGAAAAGCCAACAAAUACGUCAUAACCAUGUUACAAUAACAAAAAACAAGUACUCGCCAGUGAGAAGUGUGCCAUCAAGUGUGCCAAUUGGCCUACUGGUGGAGGAGCCUCUAUGAGGAGAGUAGGAAAAUGCCAGAGUCAUUAGCUCCUGGUGGGCGCGGUGGUACCGUCUGUGGAUCACAUCACAUCGUCAGCAGACAAUCAAAGAAGCAAUUUUCCAGCGUGUCGUUGAUCCGCCAGUGCUGGUACUGGUGAGCGAGACUGAGCCGGAAUUUAGCGACAGUCCCGGCGAGGAGGAUGCGAGCAGUCCAUGUGGUUUAUGUCCUGGCGUCAGGUUCUCGAGAGCCAAUACGGCUCCCAGCCGUCACUAGUGACCUAUCACAAUCAGAUCUCAAGAGUGAUGAGGAGUGGGGUCCGAGGAGGGAGGAUCUUGAUGCCACCGGUAAAGUAGUUUAAAGUGAAGUAAAAUAGGCGAUCAAAGUUCUGCUUGAAAGUCUCUCCUUAGUAAAAAUGGGUUUUUCCCAAGUUUCUUUUCCAGAUCGGCAAAGAUGAUAUGACCACGCUGCAUUGAGCAGGCAAUAACCUAAACACAGGAGUGGGUUAGAGACUAACCUUUUUUUCUGGUGAAAGAAGAGAAUCACCUCUUUCUUUUGAUAUACUGCACUUUUAUUCUAGUCCAAGCACAAGGUAUCCUGUGGGUCCUGAAAGAUACAGAAAUUUCUAUUGCGGUCAAUGGUGGCACUGGGUGAAAAUUGCAUAAAUAAACCUGGCACUGAAUGAGUUAAGAAACAAAAUGAGCACAAGUUUUGAGAUUCUUCACACAUUCCCCCUUUAUCUUCCCCAGGUGGACCCCCACUCUGCAGUCCAGGACUCAGCUGUUGUGUUGCACAUCAUACUGUGCUUGAGUGUUGAUGUUUUAAGAGGUUGACUGAUUUCCUCUUGUUUAGUUUUCUUCUCUAUUAUUCUCCAUAUUGUUCAGCCAGAGAACAUAGUGUGAAACAAAUUUCUGCUUGAGGCCACGGGGCGAAUAAUGCAUGAGUUAAAAAUGCCGUUAUAGCAAAGUGUGUGUUCGAUGUAAAAUCAUGAAACCGUUCAUGUGAGGAAUGCUUAGUUUGUAGUUAUUUUCUGUUAAUGCUGAUGCUUCCUAUACUGAGUUUUUUUCCACAAUUGUCUUUGCUUUUAAUUCUCCUCUCAGAGCAGGAAGUUCUUUUUAAGACUAUCUGAAACGUUUUUGAUCUUUAAAGAAUCACUGCCAAUCUUCGAGUAACAACGUGAGCGUACUAGACCUCACACGCUAGAUCUGUCCCUCACCAACACACAGACCUCCCUCAGCAGAGUUUUAUACUUUGCCUUAACAAGCACCAUUUCUUCCUCUUUUUUUGCAUUUUGUUUCCUGUUGCAAAAUUUAAAUGUGAUACUUAAAAUUAAAUGCAGAAAUGACAGAGAUGUAAUGUCUGCUAGCUUUUGUUGCCGUAAGAAAUUAUAGGUUUUGAAGUAGGAAGGCUGUUGUCCCUUUAAAUCAUCCUUUUAUUUCUUUAACUUUUUUAAAUAUUUAGGGGUCCAAGCAGUGCUUUUCACCGCUAGAUCCUGAAGUCAGUUCUCUUCUUCUACUUCUCUUUGUGCAGCAAACACUGUAGGGUUUAAACUCGCUGAAAUAGCAAUUUUUACCCACUUUUUAGGCACAUGAAAACAGUUAUUGACCCAAAGGUGGUGCUGUAAUAAAUUUUUUUUUUUUUUAAUCAUCUGCCAAAACAAAAACUUAAUCUGAAUUUCUCUGAUCACUCAAUUGAUAAUAAUGUUGCUGUAAUUUUCUCCUCUCUAAAACACGUGACUUUACAUAAGUUUACGCCAAUACCUGUCAAUCAAAAUUGAUAAUUAUGAUAAAUCAAUAAGCCAGGUGUAUAUGCUUGCAUGCCAGGUCUGGGCUUUGUUGCUUAGUUUCAAGUGAUGCUUUGACCAGGAGGCAGAACAACCACAGAAAUAAUCUGCUGCUGUGAUUGGUUGGAAAAAUUAUAAACGCUAUUGGGUCAAUUUUAAAUAAUAGUAUUUAAAUAUCUGACCGCUGUGUUUUCUAUUGUGCUCAAAUACGCCAACCAAUUACUUUGUUAUGACUUUCUCUGUCCUACUGUGAUCAGUAUUGGGCACACAAUAUUUCUAUUUCACCAAAUUAUUUAAUCAAACUUUGCCAAAGUAUUUAAAAGUACACUCCGAACCAGAAGAACCAGGAUGUGUUUUUUUUCACAUCUUUCAGCCAUAUUUUGGCUCAGUAGAGCAUUUCAAGUUUAAACAGAGUGUUUUUGGAGUGUGAUUUUUUUUUACCUAAUUAAUCAUCUGAGGAUUGAUUUGAACCAGUGAAAUUUAGUCUCUAACUUGUUUAAGAAAAAGUGAGUUCAGCUUGUUAGAAACUCCAAAAAUACUUGCAGCCUGCUUGGACUCCUCUCAAUUGCACCCUUUUUUUUUUUUUUUUUGUUUAAAAUUUUUGUGAUCAGAUGUUGCAUCCACAAAUUUCAAUACAUACGCUGAUAAGGACCAAGUUCAAGAUACUCAACAUCUAUUACUUCUGUAUAAUUUAGCUUUAUUACUGUGCACUGAUUUUUCAAUCAAUACAGGAAAUAAAUGAUUUGAUAAGAUGUUUUUUCUUCCUAGCUCAAUGUUACCAGAGCUAAAACAUCUGUGUGAGAUUGUAAGACCGCCAUCUCUGUCCCCCUCACUGUGUAGGUGAUUCAGAAGCCAUAUGUUCCAUAUAAGAGUAUUGAUGUGAUUGGAUGUAUCUACUAAUAAAAAGACCUAGACAGGAUUGUGUAAUCUGUUGUACUUUCCAAAUACUUGGAGUACCAUCUGUUGUACAACUUGCACAAACUGAAUAAAGGUAUUUGAUUUUACAUGGAU